CUUCAACACAUGUUCAGAGAUGUGUUUCACAAUAGGUACGUGUCCAUCCAUGAGUCCAAUUACUUUCUUUACUGUUAAAGACAUUAUAACACAUGGUUAAUGACUAAGCCAUGUUAUAAAACAUGUACCUAUGGAUCAAAAGUAUAGUUAAAACAAAAUAGAAUCCUUAUUUUAAGCAUUAAAUUGUAAAAAUACAUGAACUAUUUAAAAAUAAAACCCUAUACCAUCUACUACUAAUUUUUGUUACUUCAAAGUGUGAAAUCUAGCUAGUUGUGUAAGGAUUUUUCAUAACCAAUGGAAGUGCAUGUGAAGAAAAAAAGGUAGAGCGGCAUUGUACACCUGUAUUCAAAAGUCAUGCUCAGCACGUGUAGUUAUACAGUUACACAACCUAGACUUUAUAAAACCAGUCCCACGGGUGUAGUAUUUGUGUUAUAUAGUCCUCCGAGUGUUACGGUAACUUCCUCUCUCUUCAACGCUUGCUUGCAGACUCAGGAAUUCACUCGUGGCUGCUCAAAAUGGGAGGUCACAGCGCUGCCCGGUUAGCACUCAUAGUCUUUUCAGUUGUCACGUUCAUCAUCUGCAUCAUAUUCAAUGCACUUGCUGGUCCGGGAAUAGGUCCUUUUAGAAACACCACUAGAGUGAUAUCAGAUAAAUACAAUACAGAAAUCACUCCCUCGGGAUGGACCUUCUCCAUCUGGGGUGUCAUCUACACCUGGCUGUCGCUUAUGCAUAUUUAUAUCCUCUCCACUACUUGCAGGAGGACGGUUUCUGGUCCAAUGUACUGCAGUCCCACUGUGUUGCCAUAUGGAUUCUUCAUAACCUGGAUUGUAAAUAUGCUGCUGAAUAUAGGCUGGCUUCUUCUGUGGGACAGAGAGGUGAUGAUCGCUGCAUUGAUUUUCCUUGCUUUGAUUGCCUUCACAAACUAUCUGCUGAUAAUCUUCUCCUGUCGCGGACUGAAACAACACGGAGCCUGGUUAAACAAAUAUCACAGAGUAGACCUCUGGUGUAUUCGGAUAUUGGUUCAGAAUGGCAUUGCGAUAUACACAACAUGGACCACCAUCGCCACCCUGAUCAACUUCACCGUUGUGCUGAGAUACGAUGCUGGAAUGACCCAGUCAGAUGCAGCAACUGUCUCUCUCUCUAUUCUUUUGGGUGAAGCUAUUUCUUGGUUUAUCGUCGAGAGCUUUGUGUUUGAAAAGCACCUGAGAUACAUUCUGACAGUCUACCCUGUCGUUAUUGUGGCCUUGAGUGGAAACAUGACAAAGAACUUUAACUCUGCAGAUCCAAGCCGCAGUGGCAUUUACAUAGCUGUUUUACUGGGGUUGGCUUGUGUACUGUUUGCGGUCAAAGUGUUGCUGGUUAUAUGGAGGCAUAUUAAACAUCCUCUCUAUGAAUGCAUGAAUGCAGAGGAUGCGAUAUCACCAAUAGAAAUUGCUCAAAAGUAGAAGAAUAUGUUCACCUAAACUAAAUAAUGUUUGUAUAAUUUUAUUUUAUAUUUGUCAGGAUUUUUCAAUGCAAUUUUUUUUUGUAAUUGUGUUAAUAUGUCAUUUUGAUGAAGUUAAAACUGAAAUGCAAAGCUUGUGUAAAUGAGUUACAUAAAGUGAAUUGCUCUUAUCAGGGCAGGGGGUGUCCUGGAGUAUUUUUACACUGACCAUGAUCUAUGAACAGUUAUGUACCAUUUUUCUCCAGCAAUAAAAUCAUAA